AUGCCUCUCGCAAGUCACGUCAACCCAGAGGACAUUGUCCAACGCCUCCAGGCAACUCACAUCACAGCUCCGGGCAGUGCCAAUGCCCUCAGCCACGGCACAUCAUCACACAUCCAGCCCUAUGACAGCCGAUACACCAGUCAAACCAACAUCCCCAAGUACAAGAUUCCCGAUGAAGGCGCCCCGGGAGACACUGUCUUUCAGAUGAUCAGGGAUGAGCUGGACCUCGACGGCAAACCCAACCUCAACCUGGCCAGUUUCGUGGGAACAUGGAUGGAACCCAAUGCUACCCAGCUCAUGCAAGAGAACCUCUCAAAGAACCUCUCAGACGCAGACGAGUACCCUGCCAUGAUGGAAAUGCACCAGCGCUGCAUCAGCAUCAUCUCCCACCUGUGGGGUGUCCAGCCCGGUGAGAAGGCCAUCGGCUCCGCAACCACGGGCUCCUCCGAGGCCAUCCACCUUGGCGGUCUCGCCAUGAAGCGCAGAUGGCAAUUGAAGCGCAAGGAACAGGGCAAGGACACCUCCAAGCCCAACAUUCUCAUGGGUUCCAACGCGCAGGUCGCCUUGGAGAAGUUUGCCCGUUACUUUGACGUCGAGGCCCGCAUCUUGCCCGUCAGCAAGAAGAGCCACUACCGUCUGGACCCGGCUCUUGUAAGGGAAAAUGUCGAUGAGAACACCAUUGGUGUCUUUGUCAUCCUCGGCAGCACAUACACGGGCCACUACGAGCCCGUUGAGGAGAUUUCGCAGAUCCUCGAUAAGUAUCAGGAAGAAACCGGCAUCGACAUCCCCAUCCACGUCGACGCCGCUUCUGGUGGCUUCAUCGCCCCUUUCACCCACGCAGGGGCCGGCGGUUCCAAGUGGAACUUUGAACUCCCCCGCGUCAAGUCAAUCAACGUCUCAGGCCACAAGUACGGCCUCGUCUACGCCGGCCUCGGCUGGAUCAUCUGGCGCGACCAGUCUUUCCUCCCAGAGGACCUCAUCUUCGAGCUUCACUACCUUGGUGGUACAGAAAAGUCCUUUACGCUUAACUUCUCCCGCCCAGGUGCCCAGGUUAUUGUGCAAUACUAUAACCUCAUCCACCUAGGCUUCGACGGCUACCGUUCCAUCAUGGAAAACUGCCUCUCCAACGCUCGUAUCCUCGCUCAGAGCCUCGAGGCCACGGGAUGGUACACCGUCGUCUCCGACAUCCAUCGCCGUGCACCUCACAAGGAAGCCAGCGGCGCUGUGAAGAAGAUUGUGAACCAGGCCGCCACCGCCGUCGGAGGCGAAAGUGCUGCCCCGGGGGAGACCUCGGCCGACUACGUUGCCGGCCUACCCGUCGUGUCAUUCCGUCUGACAGAUGAGUUCAAGGCCAAGUACGAGCACAUCAAGCAGGAGACCGUCUCCCUCAUGCUUCGCGCCAAGGGCUGGAUCAUUCCCAACUACCCGCUUCCGCCCAAUGAAGAAAAGAUUGAGAUCCUUCGCGUGGUUGUUCGCGAGACCAUGACGUUUGAUCUGCUUGAGCGGUUGUUGACGGACAUCGUCGAGGUCACGGAGACCCUUAUCGAGAACGAUCAGAUCGAUUUGCAGGUUUUGAAGAAGCACCACAGCCGCAGGCGGGUGCGCGUCAAGGGGGAUGAGGAGAAGCACAAGAAAGCGGGUGCUGCUAAGGGAGUCGAAGAUGGAGUUAGAAAGAUGGAGGAUGGUAUUCAUCGUGCGGUAUGCUAA